AAUAAUCGAAGAAGAGAGCUGGAGUAAGAGACAAGAUGGCGGACUCUGAAAACAACAACGAUGCUUCCACCGCAGAACCUUCUAAACUAUGUGAUCUCUUAGAGCGGGGCUGGAAGAUAUUUGAUGAGGUAGAUAGUACAAAUGAACCGCUUGCCUCUUCUAGUAUCCAGGUUCGAGUUAAACGCGGUAUCGGUAUGUUGGAAGAGGCGUCUACAAUGGUGGCUCAGCUCGACUUGUUCAGCUGCAAUGAGGAGCUGGAGGAGGUGGCCACGGCCGACCUGAGGUACCUGCUGCUGCCCGCGCUAUGCGGGGCGCUCAGCCUGAAGCAGAGCGGCCGGGACCGACGGCUGGAGAUAGUCCAAACAGCCCGCAACUACUUUAUGGAUUUCUUGAAGAGAUGCCAUGAGUAUAAUCUGUCACGGUUUGAACUUCCGACUGCGAAUGAAAACUCAAGUCCUUGCGAAGCAUCAGAAAACGAAUCCCCUGCGGCUCUGUCUGUCCCUUGCCAGCCAGACCUUGUUUCCAUGGCAGUACGGAGACAAGCUAAGAUCGAGCGCUACCGUCAGAGGAAGGAUCUGGAAGCCAGACUGACGGAUGUACGCAGAGCUGUGGACAGCGGACAGGCCGACGAUGAAGUCACCAGAGAUUUUUACCUUCUUAACGUUCAGAGAUGGGUCACUGUGUGUCUGGAGGAAAUAGAGAGCAUUGACCAGGAGGUGGAGAUACUCCAGAAGAUGGAUGGUCUGAAGCAGGGUGCUGCCAAGCAGCCAGCUCAGCCUGCCAGGCCCCCCAUGAAGCCUUUCAUAAUCACCAAGGACAUGGUUCAGGCUAAGGUGUUCGGGGCAGGUUACCCCAGCCUCGCCACCAUGUCAGUGGAUGAGUGGUAUGAUCAGCACAAGAAACGAGGGGGUCUCCCCGACCAGGGGAUACCCAGGAGGGUUGAUACGGAGGAGGACACUGAUGCGAAGGAGAGAGAAGAAGAAGAUAAAGAGAAAAAGGCUGAAAAUGAUGAUGAGGAGUCACGGCUGAAAACCAGAGACUGGGAUGAUUACAAAGAAAGUCACCGCAGAGGUUAUGGAAACCGCCACAACAUGGGCUGACCAAUCGGGUUCCUCUUUUCUGCUCUAUUCGGUCCAGGUAGUGAACAUCCUUCACAGUUCGGAUCCUUAAGACUGAUUGAAUGAGAAGGUGAUCACAGCAUUGUAAAUUAUUUUCUAAAUGCUGCAGCCGAUUAACUGUCUUUUACAAGGCUGGAUUAAAAGCCCCUCUGUGGUAUGAUGUGUUACAGUGAGUCUUAAUUAUAAUCUACAUUUUGGCUGGACUGAAUCAAACCCAACUAUGAUGCCAAUGUUUGUGCUUGUGGUGUGUAUAUCCUAACUCUUUCUUUGUAAAAUAAAGGCACUGAAGAAACUA